AUGCAAUCACGAUUCCGACUGUAUUCACAAUCCCCGAACCCUACUCUCCGAGAAUUUCUCGAGACCCAAUUGACCGAAUCGGAAAGAACGCUUAUUGCCAACCCGCCUCUUGUUCUAUCGAUACCUCUUGAAAAAUUGAUUGGAAACCCGAUUAAAACUCGUCAACAUAAACACCAUACACACCAUAAACACCAGACCAAGGCAUCUCUGCUUUAUUAUCAAAAUUACUCGGCUGGCGUACAGCAUUGUGGGAAGGCGCCUUAUCAAGCAAACUUAAGAGAUGCAGCAAAAAAGUGGAUGACUGAAAAUGCAACUGUCCGAGACUUUUUUACGUCGCUGGCCGAAAUAAAGGACAAAUACGCAGGCAUGCUUGCUUCGAUGAAAGCGAACGAGGCGCAACCUAUUAAUAUAUUUAAUGAUACUCAAUCUUCCGAAUAUUUUGUUUCUGAUAGCCAAGAAUCAAUGAUAUACUCUGGCAACAAUUUAUCCCCGCCCGAGAUGGAUCUUUGGCUGUAUACAGUUAAUCGGGAAAGUUUGGAAGGUUGUUCAGAUUAUGCCAUAAAUGAGAGUGUCGCAAAUGAUUGUACAAUAUGA